CGAGGGGAGGGGCCGGAAGCAACUCUAUGCUUCCCGGUUGCUAAGAGACGAGGCUUCCACAAGGCGACGGAGGUUCUCCGGCUUCUUUUCCUCCCUUUUUCUGCUUCAGCGUCACCGAAUCCGGCCACCAUGUCGGACCCAGAAGCUGACAUCUUGCGAAGCACCUUUCCCUCUUAUAUGGCGGAGGGCGAGCGGCUGUAUCUGUGCGGAGAGUUCUCUAAAGCCGCCCAUAGCUUCAGCAACGCUCUUCACCUUCAGAAUGGAGAUAAGAAUGGCCUGGUUGCCCGAUCCAAGUGCUUCCUGAAGAUGGGAGAGCUGGAGAAGUCCCUGAAGGAUGCUGAGGCUUCACUCCAGGGUGACCCGACUUUCUGUAAGGGAAUUUUACAAAAGGCUGAGACCCUGUACACCAUGGGAGACUUUGAGUUUGCCUUGGUGUUCUAUCAUCGAGGCUACAAGCUGCGGCCUGACCGAGAAUUCAAAGUUGGAAUUCAGAAAGCCCAGGAAGCCAUCAACAACUCAGUGGGAAGUCCUUCUUCAGUUAAGCUAGAGAACAAAGGGGAUCUAUCCUUCUUAAGCAAGCAAGCUGAGAGUAUAAAAGCCCAGCAGAAGCCUCAUCCCGUGAGACAACUCGUACAUCACCCCGAGAGGGAGUCCAAGAGGAAGGGCUCACUCAAGAGUGAGAAGAUUGUCCGCCAGCUCCUGGGUGAGCUCUACGUGGACAAGGAGUAUCUGGAGAAGCUCCUACUGGAUGAAGACCUGAUCAAGGGCACCAUCAAGCAUGGCCUGACCGUGGAGGACCUCAUCAUGACAGGCAUCAACUACCUGGACACUCGCAGUAACUUCUGGAGGCAGCAGAAGCCCAUCUAUGCCAGGGAGCGGGACCGGAAGCUGAUGCAAGAGAAGUGGCUGCGGGACCGCAAACGCCGUCCCUCACAGACAGCCCAUUACAUCCUCAAGAGCCUCGAGGACAUAGACAUGUUGCUGACCAGCGGCAGUGCUGACGGUAGCCUUCAGAAAGCGGAGAAAGUACUGAAGAAAGUGCUCGAAUGGAACAAAGAGGAGGUGCCCAACAAGGACGAACUGGUUGGAAGCUUGUACAGCUGCAUAGGGAAUGCCCAAAUCGAGCUGGGGCAGAUGGUCGCAGCCCUGCAGAGCCACAGAAAGGAUUUGGAGAUCGCCAAGGAAUAUGACCUUCCUGAUGCUAAGUCGAGAGCCCUUGACAACAUUGGCAGGGUUUUUGCCAGAGUUGGGAAAUUCCAGCAAGCCAUUGACACGUGGGAGGAGAAGAUCCCUCUGGCAAAAACCACCCUGGAGAAGACCUGGCUGUUCCACGAGAUUGGCCGCUGCUACUUGGAGCUGGACCAGGCCUGGCAGGCCCAGCAUUAUGGGGAGAAGUCCCAGCAGUGUGCAGAGGAAGAAGGAGACAUUGAGUGGCAGCUGAAUGCCAGCGUUCUGGUGGCACAGGCCCAAGUCAAGCUGAGAGACUUCGAGUCGGCCGUGAGCAACUUUGAGAAAGCCCUGGAGAGAGCAAAGCUGGUCCACAACAACGAGGCGCAGCAGGCCAUCAUCAGCGCCCUGGACGAUGCCAACAAGGGCAUCAUCGAAGAGCUGAAGAAAACGGACUACAGGGAGACACUGAGAGAAAGGAGAGAGAGAGAAGAGGCAGCUGAAUUGGAAUCUUUGAGAGAGGCGGCUACGGGGAAGGAGAAGGAAAGCAUGAGAAGAGGGAGAGACGAGUUCGAGAAGGUGAUGAAGCACUGGGAGCGAGAGCCAGCUGACAGUGAGAAAGAGACAGAAGAUGAGUUGUCUCAGGAAAUUCUGAGGGUCGCAGCGAGUGGACAAGAAGAAAACAGGCAGAGAGAAGUAGAGGAAGCCAACUCCUUCAAGAGAAUAGGGCUGGGAGCCGCAGGGCGAGACUCAGGAGAUGUUGCCAAGAGCAUGUCCAGAGACCUGGGUGCAGGAAGCGAGGGAGAGGAGGGCAGGAAACCGAUUGAAGUGGGCAGAAUGGAAUCAAGAGAAAUUUACAGGAGGCCUUCAGAGCUGGACCAGAAACCCUCAGGAGAAUUAAACAGAAGGGAAUCAAGAGGACUGGAGAGUCAAGUUUCAGAAGACAGCAGAAGAGAGUCAGAAGAAACAGGGCAAACAGAACUGGGAGAAACAGCAAAGGCAGAAAAUGGUGAAGACAUGGAAGAACAUGAAAAAGAUGAAUGAAGCAGCAGGCAUCAGGACCAGGGACCUUGGGGAUCUUAUUCAACUGGACUUGGAUUUUCAAGCUGAGAUUUGUCUCUCAUAGGAGAACACAUGGACUGGGCUCCACAGGUCGCCUCUGCCUCUUUCUGCUACUGUUUUCCCUUUCAAUAGAUAUCUUUCACUCUUCAAAACCCUGAGUCUGUCUUUUUGCCUCCCUGCUCACCCACAAGAGCCUUAGAGAAUGAGGACCCCCACUCAGGGUACCACUCUCCAAGCAAAAGCAUUUCAGGAUGGUGAAGAAACAGGUGAGCUCCAAGGGACCAAGCUAGCUUAAAGAGGGGAAGAAAAAGAAAGUCCUGGGAGGAGAGGUACAUUUGUGCAGACACUGGCCAUGGGUUCAUCUUGCUGAGUGACUGCUGUGGUCAGGGCACUGUGGGAGGCUUGAUGGAAGAAGUGAUGAUGGGACACGCUGAAGCCUGGCAGGCACAAAGAAUGAAUGCUGGCAUUGAAAUGGGCAUUAUGCUGGAGGAGCCCAGAGGAAGAGAGCUCCUGCCUCAGAACAGGGAGCAGUCCCUAGGAAGAGUGGCAGCUGGACUCCACCUGCGCCACCUCCAGAUGGUACAGUGAAGUAAAUCAGACUCCACAAGCUGGUUUCCUCCUCCGUAGAACGGUAUCUGCCCCCAGGGUUGGCAUGAGACUUCUCUGAGUGCUCAGCACAGCACUUGGUACAGGGGAAGCUCUCCAAAAUCCGACCCAGCUUUUUCGGUGACUUCGCAGAGGAGGUGGCAGCUGAACAGCUGCCUCAGAAGAUGUGCCAGGAUUUCACUACAUUACUCAUCUGUCCCGGCUAUUGCCAUCCUGGUUCCAUCUCUCCAGUCCUUCGAAGGUUUAGGGCUGAAGUUAGGCUAGCUAGGACCAGACCCCCACUAAUGUGAGGCGAGUGAGGCAUUUCAGAUGCAGUGGUUCACGGGGCUCCAGGAAACUCACUAAGCAACAGGUAGUAAUCUAAUGUAAUGUAAAAACACAUCCACAACGCUAAACCCCACGAUGAAUAAAAUACCACAAUUUUAAA